UCAUGUCUUCUGUCACCAGUGUCAUUAUCAAGAAUACGAACACGAAACACGAACGUGGAUUGACUUUUGAUAUUUACUGUAGAAUAUAAAUAAAGUAAACCGACCAAUUAAAUAUUGACAAGAAUCAUUUCGUUUACAAUCAUUAUUGAAUUUAUAAAGUAAAAGUUCAACUAAUUAUCUAACUUUUUUGUUAUAUGUCUGCGGCUAUGCGACAGGGAUAACCUCAAAAAAUGAAUUCUACAAUAUUCGAAUAUUUUAGAGCGGCAUCAUUGCUGGUUUUAACUCCGCAUUGCUUCGACAAUUAUCUUCUGGAUUUAAAUUUUUUAGAUGUACCAUGUUUCAAGUCAAGUCUGAGCAAAGUCUUAGGAGUAGGCAUAAUUCUUGGUUCGUCCACAGUAAAAGUUCCUCAGAUCCUGAAAAUCUACCAGAACCAAAGUGGGAAAGGCAUCAACAUCAUUUCCGUCAUCCUAGAUCUAAGCGCUAUAACCAUUUAUAUGGCGUAUAGUUUCGUAAAAGGGUUCCCAUUUAGCGCUUGGGGUGACGCUACAUUCCUUGCUAUACAGACUCUAAUAGUUGGGGUGCUAGUGUUGUAUUACGAAGGCAAACGCAGUCAAUCUACUGGUUUUUUGGUGGGAUACAUCGUGAUAUGUUACGUAAUGAUGUCAGGAAUGACUUCAAUUGAUACGUUGUGGUCACUGCAGACUUUCAAUAUACUUUUAGUGGUUUUUGGUAAAUUGACGCAGGGUUGGACCAAUUAUCAAAACGGACAUACAGGACAGUUAUCAGCUAUAACACUCGGAAUGUUGUUCGCAGGGUCCCUCGCCAGGAUCUUUACUUCCACGCAGGAGACAGGCGAUAAAGUUGUUAUUUUAACGUACAUUGCUAGUACCUUGGCGAAUUUCGUGUUGGUUGUUCAAAUGUGGUGGUACUGGAACGUCGAUAUUAAGGAAAAAUCAGAGUAAAUUUCGUAUUGUAUAUUGGGAAAGGUUCAUAUUAAAAAUUAUUUUCCUAAUAUGUUCUCGUUGUUUUUACAAAUAUUUAUUUACAAAAAUAUAGAUUUUAAAAGCAUUGAUUCAAAAAUGCCUGCCCACAAUUUUAAUAUUUGUUUAUAAAAGAGUUGUAGGACAAAGAAGUACCUACUCCCGAAGUUAUUUAGAGUCUAACUGAAAUAUAAUAAUCUAAUAUUGCUUUGGAUCAUUAUAAGUAUUAUCCAUUCACUUGUAAUUCAACAUUCAUCAAAUUUUAACAAACGAAAAUGAACGUUUUUCGUCAAUUUUUUUUACGUUAAAAAUAUAACGAAAUGUUAAUUCGUUUCUAUAAAUAUUUAAGUACAAAAUUGUUAAAAAAAGCG